CGACAGCUGGUGGUCGCCGACUCGCCGGUGAGACUAGUCAACGGUUCUCACCGCCCUGAAGUUGUCGAUUCUCCGUCGCCCUUAUUGAUCUUUGAAAUUCAAAAGUAUUCCUUCUAUCCUUCAUAAUUUGUCUUCAUUUAUGCCUGAAAUUUGUCUUGGUUUGAAACAUCAUUUCUGUAUUACAUGACGGUGUAUGCAAUUGAAGUUAUGAAAGGAUUGCUGUAAUGGACAUCACGACAAGACCACCCAGACACAACAAGACGGCGACGCGGGAAUAGGAUCACCAACUCUACAACCUUCUCUUAAGUAAACAUGGAUUCUGCCGAAAUACCAUGGAGGAGAGAGUCCCAACUUGCUCUCAUUCAAAAAGUGAAAGAAUUACCAACGUUAUGGGACGUGACGAACAUCCUCUAUCAUAAGAAAGGGAUUAAGAGAAAGGCUUACCAACUGGUGUGUGAUCACCUCAAACAAAAGUUUCCUGAGCUACAAUACCUAAAUGCAGGUACUGUGAAAACUAAAUUCAAUCAUUUAAGAACCUACUACCAACGUGAACUAAAGAAGAUUCAGAAAACUGCCAUUGGAACCGAAGUCAAAACGGAGUCCAAAUGGGAAUACUUCCGUCACUGCUCAUUUAUACAUACAACACAGCAGCUGUUAGACAACGUGGCUGAAAAUACUGUGGCUCCUGAGGCAUUUGCUGACCAACACCAACAUCUGGAGGGGGAGGCGGAGGGAAAUGAGGAUGAAUUCUGUCCGCUAAUUACAUCUAUUACAUCAGGUGGAAAUUCAAUCAUGGUUCCGACCAAGUCCGAAGCACUCUCACCCACACGGUCCACACCUCCCUUACCUGUACCUCCAACACCCACACUAUUAUCAGCUCAGCCAUCAAGUGCCCACAACCCCAAAUGGCAAGAAAGAGUAAAAAAGAGAAAGUCGGAUGCGGUAGAUGCCUCCUCUCAGACCAUGGACAAUGAUGAAGCCAUAGUUAAAACUGAACAGAAAAGGACUCCAUCAACUGUGCUCUCCCAUGGUCAGAGAAUAGGGGGAGUGAUUGACACGGUAUGGGAACAACUACCACCUGCCAAUCGUCGGAAACUCCUCGCUGAUUUAUUGUUUGUCUUGGCUAAGCAUGUGUCUGGGGAUGAACAGGUGUAGUGUACUGUCGAUGAACCACCUCAGUCCCAAAGAGUAAAGCUGACA